UACAAAUACAAAUAAAAUUCGCCUAUGUUAUCGAUUAAAACUAUCGGUCCCAUCAUUGCGAAUUGAAUUUGAUAUUGGUGGAAAGGCGGCGCUCGUGCGCGGGAUUUUUUUUGUAAACUUCGCAAAUCUGGAUGCAUUUUUUGAGAUGAUAGCCGUCGCAGAACCGCCUAGGGAAUUCGUUCCGCGCGGUCGUCAGGCGGCUGAAGAGCAUCCCGGUCCACCGGAUCAGCCGCUGUCCAAAUACCAUCCCACCGAGCACUUUCUGCUGCAGCGUCUUCAAAACGUCAACAUUUCCGCCGGCGGCGUCACCGAAGAGCCGCAGGAGUUCUGGUCGAUACGCGAGAUCUACGACGACUACGAGGCCAGCUAUGAGCGUACCCAUCGGCGUCGCCAGUUGAUUGAGCACACGAAGAAAUGCGGCCCCCAGGCGGCCGCUGCCACUCAGUUGUCCUCGCUGCCGCGCCACCUGCUGAACCCAGAGAUGGACCAUCGCGAGGAGCCCAUGUGCGACUACAUGGUCAACAACGAAGAGGAGCUAUAUGUGAACAAGAACACGGUCAUCUGGACGCAGGGCCUAGGUGACGAGGACGAUGGCGUCUACAAGCGCAUGUGCUUCACCACCGAUUAUCCGGUGAAGUUUGCCUGCUUCCUGAAUCGCACCUUCGUACGCGGCCGACUCGCGCAGCUGAGGGCGGCCAUCGACUCGGAGGACGACAACCUGAAGGCCAUCUGUGUAAUGGACUCGGAUGCCAUGCGUGUCUAUUGCAAUGAUGGCGAGGAUUUCCUGGCCAAUGUCGAGUUUCCCAUCGGCCAUCUGUGGCAGACGAAGCACGGUCUGCUGCUGGAGAAGGACGCUGACAAUGCUCUGCUCUCGAAUCUCUCGAUACCGAUGCCGCGCCUCUUCUCCAUGUCCCAUCCGCUGCACGAGGCAUGCCCGGUGGUGCUCAAGACAUGCACCCAUUCGACCGGCUAUGUGAUAGAACCCGAAUACAGUAUCAUCUACACGACAGAGGAUUCCGAUCUGGUGCUGCUCUACGAUGCAAAGUUCUUCAAGCAUUUUGUUACGCGCCUGCGAAAGGUGACGCCCGAGGAGGUGAACAUUGUGCAGCAGGAUCUGGGGCAUACAACGAUCGGGCCACGAUCGACAAGUGCCUCUAGCUUUAGCACACCCAAGGCCACUGGAGCCACACCGAAAGUGCCGCCAAAUGUCUCGUUUCUGGGUAGGAAUAACACCACCACCACCACCACCACCACCACCACCACUGGGGGCACACACACGCACACUCCACUGGGGCAUAAUCUCUCCAAGUUUGGACUCAGCCAAUCGCAGUCGUUUAGCGGCGUCCUGGGCCAGACCAAUCGUGCCUCCCUGGGCACGCCGCUCAGUCAGCUGCAGAGCAGCAUGGGCCAGUCCAUGUCCGCCAAGGAUAUGCGUAAAAUGGGCCACGUGAAGCCCGCCAAGCCCAUCGAGCCGGAGAUGUGUCUGGAGCAUAUUUGGACAGAGAAUACCUACGGCACGCAGCGCGAAUUCUGCGAAAUGGCCACGCGUGGUUUUAUCCACACGGAUCUGGUGGGUCAGACGUACAUGUGCUAUCUGCUGGCCCGCUCCUGCCGCCUGCAGAUGGUCAAAAUCACGGGCUAUGGCAGCACUGAUGUCCAGCUCUCGAUCAUGGCCUCCACGCUGCCGGCCAAGGAUGCUGUGGGCUUGAAUCGCAUGCAUAUGAUCGCUGUCCUGGACCCUGGCGGCAGUCUCAUCCUCUACACGGGCACUGUGCUCAUCUCCAAGGUGCACAUCACACCGCUGCUGUCCGCCAGUGUGCCCACCACAUCGAUGGCCACGCCCAAGGUGGUGCCAGCAGGAGCAACAACAGAUGGCGCCGCAAAGGCCACCACCAGCAGCAGCAGCAGCUCCUCCUUUGGUGAUGUGCGUCGCAGCAGCCUGUUGCCCACCAAGGCGCCCACGGAUUUGGCCAGCUUUGACGAGGAGCUGCACAUGCUGUCGCCCAUUGCACCGCAGGCUGUCUCCUAUACGCACCGGCAGGCGCACAACAUCUGCAAGUCGCUGCGUGAUCCGGCGGGUAAUCGUUUGACCCUGGUCUAUGCCACCGGUCGUAUGCUGAGGAUUGCGCUGCCGCUGCUCAACGACACGCGACUGGUCACGCGCUGCAUUGCCACGCUGCGGCAGGUGCUGAAUGCCACGCAGUUUAUGCACUUCAUCAUCCGCUGGUACAGUGCCCGCAAUCCGCCCGGCUCCCGCGAUCUCAGCAGCGAACAGGAGUGGCAGAUCUUUCGCAGCACGCUGCUCGCCCUGAUGGGCUGCACGGCGGCGCCUGAUAUGGAAACGGCGGAGACCUAUGGCCGGUGUGCCACACCCGUGCCGCAUUCACCCCUCGCGGAGGAGAGCGGCGGAGCUGGUGGCGAUUCUAUGGGUGCGGGCCUCCAGAAUGAGCCCAAGAAGCGGCGCAAAUACAACGAUUGCGAGGAGUACACCGACGAGGAUUGGGAAUUUCUGCUGCUGCAAACGACACUGGCGCCCUGCGGCAGCGAUGGCCACAGCUACGGCGUGGACAUCAGUGCGCCGCUCUUCCAGAUGAUACCCGCCAUCUUUUAUAGCCUGCAUUUGCUGUACGAGGAUCUCAAGUUGGAUGUGAUCUUUCAGGCGGCACAAUCCUAUUUGGCAGGGUUCCUUCAUCAGAUGGCCAUUGAUAUGCAGCUGGAUAACUAUGUACUGCAUUAUGUACUGGACUUUCCGGAGCUGACGCACAAGACCAGCAAGCUGUCGAUGCUCUGUUUCGAGCAUGGGGCGAUGAUGCAGCACCAGGAGCUGUUGCGUGUGCCCGCACCGAGUGUCUUUGGCCAAAUGGAGCACAUUGUGCUGGGCCGCGAGGAGGUGCUGCCCUACAGCUUCAUCGAGUGCAUCAAUGAGCGGAGUCGCAACAUGCUGCAGCUGCUGUCGCUGGUGUUGCACGGCCCGGAGCGCAUCAAGCACUGGUGGCAGCUGCUCGAGCUACCCGAGUCCGUGCAAUCAAACUAUCCGAAGCGCCCCAAGCGCACGAUUACUGGCGGUGUGCCCAGGUAUCAUCAGCUGCUGGAGCUGCUGCUGGCCAUGCACUUAACGCGGCAGGACAUUGAGCGAUUUCCGGCUGCCGUGCAUCUGAUUGUGGCCGAGGCCUUGGAGCAGGCACGCGCAUCGCCGCCCAUGAGCAGCAGCAUGUCCGCCUACGAUCUGAUACUGCGACCCGAGCUGGCCUCCCACUUUACGCUCGCCUUUCUGGAGAAGAGCAUCGAGCAGCCGCACUGCGGGCGUCUCUACAAGGAGGAUUCGCUGUCCGCGCGCUGUGCCAUGAGUAUGGGCCAGGGGCGGAUGACCACAGAGCCGGAUACGGAUCUGCGGCACGAUGAUAUGGACAAUAUGGACACGAAACUGCUGAGGUUACGCUUUCCGGACGACAUGCGGGUGGAGGAGGUGCGCCGCCUGCUCAGCAGCUCCGAGCCGGUGCCCAUCGAGGUGCACCAAUCGCCCGGCACGAGCGAUCACGAAUUCAUCGAGGAGCAGGAGAAGCAAUUGUUUGCCUUGUGCGCCCGCACCAUGACCCUGCCCCUGGGCCGUGGCAUGUUCACGCUGCGCACCCUGCUGCCGAAGCCAAGCGACAGCAUGCCCAUGCCCAAGCUCUGUCUGGUGGGCCGUGAGCCGCACAAGGGCACCACCAUCGAGAUGCAACAGAUCGAGUUCCCCGCGAAUAUGAGCAUGUGGCCAUCAUUUCACAAUGGCGUGGCCACCGGCCUGAAGAUCUCACCCCAGGCACAGGAUGUGGACUCCACGUGGAUCGUUUACAACAAGCCCAAGGCCCAGGCGAAUAAUGCCCUGGAACAUGCGGGCUUCCUCAUGGCCCUCGGCCUCAAUGGCCACCUCCGGACGCUGUCCUUUAUGAGCGUGUACAAGUAUCUGGUGAAGUGCGAUGAGAUGACCAAUGUGGGCCUGUUGCUGGGCAUUUCAGCCGCCCAUCGCGGCACCAUGGACACCCAGAUCACCAAACUGUUGAGCGUUCAUCUCGAAGCGCUGCUCCCGGCCACCGCCAUGGAACUGGACAUACCGCAGAGCACACAGGUGGCUGCUCUGAUGGGUAUUGGUAUGCUCUAUCAGGGCUCGGCCAAGCGGCACAUUGCCGAGGUGCUGCUCCAAGAGAUUGGCCGUCCGCCCGGCCCCGAAAUGGAAAACUGUGUGGAGCGCGAAUCGUAUGCCAUGACAGCGGGCCUGGCCCUGGGAUUGGUCACCCUCGGGCAGGGUGAGUCGCCCGCUGGCCUCCGGGAUCUCCAGCUGCCGGACACGCUCCAUUACUAUAUGAUGGGUGGAGUGAAGCGUCCCAUUACGGGCUCCCAGAAGGAGAAGUACCGCCUGGCCUCGUUCCAGGUGCGCGAGGGCGAGAAUGUGAAUAUCGAUGUAACAGCGCCGGGGGCCACACUGGCCCUGGGUCUGAUGUUCUUCAAUUCGGGGAACACAGCGAUUGCCGAGUGGAUGCAGCCACCGGACUCGCGCUAUCUGCUGGACAUGGUACGACCCGAUUUCCUGCUGCUGCGCACCAUUGCCCGUGGCCUGAUAAUGUGGGAUGAUGUACGGCCGGACAAUGACUGGUUCCAGGCGCAAUUCCCAGCCAAUCUGCGCAUUCAUCUGCGGCUUCCGAUGCGCGACGAUGAGCCCCAGCCGGAGGACAGUGAUGUGGACUACGAGGCCAUCACUCAGGCAUAUUGCAACAUUGUGGCUGGUGCCGCGUUCUGCAUUGGCCUCAAAUACGCCGGCACUGAGAAUGCGGUGGCCUUUGCCACACUGCGGUUGGCCAUUAAGGAGUUCUUGAGUUUCCCUGCACAUCCCAUGGGCGAAUGUGCCGGCCGCACCACCGUCGAGAGUUGCCUUAUGGUGCUGCUGAUUGCCAUUUCGCUCGUAUUUGCCGGCUCUGGAAAUUGUGAGAUUCUGCGCAUUAUUCGCUUUUUGAGAUCGCGCGUGGGUCCGCAGUAUCCGCACAUUACGUACGGCUCCCACAUGGCCAUACACAUGUCGCUGGGACUGCUCUUUCUGGGCGCGGGACGUUUUACCAUUGCCAAGACGCCGGAAUCGAUAGCGGCGCUGGUGUGCGCCUUCUUUCCCAAGUUUCCCAUACAUAGCAAUGACAAUCGCUAUCAUCUGCAGGCCCUACGCCAUCUGUAUGUGCUGGCUGUGGAGCCGCGACUGUUUCUGCCGCGCGACAUAGACACCCAUCAGCUGUGCCUGUGCAACAUUUCGGUGCUGGAUGUGGGCGCCAGUGAGCUGCGACACCUGCCCAUUGCCCCAUGCAUCCUGCCAGAGCUGAGCACACUGCAGAAGGUGAUCGUCGACGAUGAGAACUACUGGCCGGUGUGCUUUGAGCGGUCGCGCAACUGGCAUCAGCUGGAGAAGGCCCUGGAGAUGAGUGCACCCAUUGACAUUAAGAAACGGACUGGCUGUCUGUCGCAUUUGGAGGAUCCGGAUCGUCUAAAGAGCAUGCUCGCCCAGACACUGACCCUCGAGCAGAGCAUCUGCUGGCAGAUCGACACGCGCGAUCUGAAGCGCUUCGAGGCGGAGGUGAUGGUAAAGCCAUUCCUUAGCAGCUGCCUAGACACCGGGGGCACGCAGCUCAGUCACGAGGAGCUGGUGAAGCGGCAUCAGUUGAUUCUGUUGUUCUACAAUGCGGUGGUCAAGGAUCGUAUGCAUCUGCUGCCCGUCUACCUCACCCUCUUCGAUCACGUGACGAAACCCAUGCCCAACAAUACGGAUGUGUGGCAGCUGAAGCUGAUCGAUUCGUAUCUGGGGCGUGGCAGGGAGUCGGAUCAUGCCCGCCUCUCCGUGGAACUCAUCCAGAUGAUGCAGGAGAUCUUCAAACAGCAAAUGGAGGCCUCCACCACCGAGCUGUGCAUACCGCUGCGCUCAUUCCUCAGCCAGAAGCGACUGGAGCCCAGCUAUGUGGCCACCAUCAGUGGACCCGAUCUGCAGCGCGUCUUCUGUUUGAUCAACUACUACAAUCUGAUGCCCGAUAUGCUGACGGGAGUGGAUCUCAACGUGGGUGGUGGCGGCUCAUUGAACUAUAUGCACUUGCUCUAUGCGUUCCGGCAGCUUAAUCUCGGGGCAAACACCGUCUUUGGCCUGCUCAAGAUACUGCAGGCGCUCGCAUGCUGCCAGCCAACGACACUAGAGGAGGCACCCUCGAUCAUGGCCAUGGCCAUGGAAGGAGGACCAUGAUAUUCGCUUUCUGGAAAUCAUGAAUUUCAAUGAAUUACGAAUUAUAUUUACACUAUCUGUGGCCUCAGCUAUGUAGAUAAUUGACACACUGUGAAUAUGGUUAUUUUUUUUUUCUAUCUUCUAUUUUCAUUUCUAAUAUGAAUUAUUUUGUAAGAUUUACAUUUGCUACCUUUUCUGGGGUAUGGAUCAGGAAUGAAUUUAAUUAGCACUUAGUAUCUUAAUGUCGAGGCACUUGUGCCUCUUUCAUAGUUUUACUUUUCAUUUCAACCUUC